AUGAUAAAAGCAGCGUUAAGACACAUUAAUGUUGAUGAAAGAAGCGUUAAGAUACCUUAUGUUGAUGAAAGCAGCGUGAAGACACCUAUUGUUGGUGAAAGCAGCGUUAAUAUACCUUAUGUUGAUGAAAGCAGCGUUAAGACACCUUAUGUUGAUGAAAGCAGCGUAAAGACAUUUAAUGUUGAUGAAAGCAGCGUUAAGGCACCUAAUGUUGAUGUAAGCAGCGGAAAGGCAUUUAAUGUUGAUGAAAGCAGCGUUAAGACAACUUACGUUGAUGAAAGCAGCGUUAAGAUACCUAAUGUUGAUGAAAGCAGCGUUAAGAUACCUUAUGAUGAUGAAACCAGCGAAAAGACACAUAAUGUUGAUGAAAGCAGCGUUCAGCCACCUUAUGAUGAUGAAUCAAGCGAAAAGACACGUAAUGUUGAUGGAAGCAGCCUUAAGACACCUAAUGUUGGUGAAAGCAGCGUUAAGAUACCUUAUGUAGAUGAAAUCAGCGUUAAGACACUUUAUGUUGAUGAAAGCCGCGUUAAGACAUCUAAUGUUGAUGUAAGCAGCGUUACGAUACCUAAUGUUGAUGAAAGCAGCGUUAAGUCACCUAAUGUUGAUGGAAGCAGCCUUAAGACACCUAAUAUUGGUGAAAGCAGCGUUAAGAUACCUGAUGUAGAUGAAAUCAGCGUUAAGACACAUAAUGUUGAUGAAAGCCGCGUUAAGACAUCUAAUGUUGAUGGAAGCAGCCUUAAGACACCUAAUGUUGGUGAAAGCAGCGUUAAGAUACCUUAUGUAGAUGAAAUCAGCGUUAAGACAUAA